AUGUUUUACAAAAUUUCGCGAUUUGACAUGAAAGAUCAAACAAAGAAGAAACAAUAUGAGAUUAAAAUGUUAUAUACACUAAUCUCCUUAUUAAUUGCGAAUAUUUUUUAUAUUUGCUUUCUUUUGACAAGAGAUUAUUUGACUUCGAUAUACGCAGAAUAUGGACGAUUUUCUGAGUGGUCGCUGUAUGUGUUGGCGGAUAUUUAUGAUUUACAUAAUCCUUAUAAUUUGUUGGUUACAUCGAAGAAGAUUAGAUGGGUACGUAGAAGAUAUUUCGAAACAAAGAGUUUCAGAGGUUUAAGGCAAAAAUGGAAAGCCCUAGGAUAAGGCCGGUCUGAAUUCCCUUUUUAAGCCUUUCUUCAACUUUUGAGCCAUUUCCACGUCUUUUCAUAGCCAGUACAAAACCGAGAUUCCAGAUCAUUAUAAUCGGCUUGAAG